UGCUACCCGCCUCGACGGGCCCGGGCCGGGAUGGGGUAGGGGCAGCACCACCGACUCGGGCGAUGGGUCGCCCACUAGGCACCCCCCCGAGGCCUGACCGACCGCGAGGACCGGCGGAGGAGCCCCGCCUGGAUGUCUAGCGGAUGCCUCGGUGCCUCCUAGCGGACUCGGUGGGGACCAUGGCUUCGCUGAUGCCCCUCUCCCCUUAUCUAAGUCCCACGGUCCUCCUGCUGGUCAGCUGUGACCUGGGCUUUGUGCGAGCAGACCGGCCUCCAUCUCCUGUGAAUGUGACAGUCACUCACCUCAGAGCCAACUCGGCCACUGUGUCCUGGGACGUCCCAGAAGGCAACAUCGUCAUUGGCUACUCCAUUUCCCAGCAACGACAGAAUGGCCCAGGACAGCGGGUGAUCCGGGAGGUGAACACCACCACUCGGGCCUGUGCCCUCUGGGGCCUGGCUGAAGACAGCGACUACACGGUGCAGGUCAGGAGCAUCGGCCUUCGCGGGGAGAGCCCCCCGGGGCCCCGGGUGCACUUUCGAACUCUCAAGGGCUCUGACCGGCUGCCUUCAAACAGCUCGAGCCCAGGUGACAUCACAGUGGAGGGUCUGGAUGGAGAGCGACCACUGCAGACAGGGGAAGUGGUCAUCAUUGUGGUGGUGUUGCUCAUGUGGGCUGCUGUCAUCGGGCUGUUCUGCCGUCAGUACGAUAUCAUCAAGGACAACGACUCCAACAACAACCCCAAGGAGAAGGGGAAGGGGCCUGAGCAGAGUCCUCAGGGAAGGCCAGUGGGGACAAGACAGAAAAAGUCACCAUCCAUCAACACCAUAGACGUAUGAAUGAAGAAACAGAACCAGAAGAGAGAUGCACUAACAACCUGGGGAUGGGGAUGGGGUCAGGGAGAGCCUAAGAUGGUGAUCAGCCCAAGAUGGAAGGAUCCCACAGUAUCCCAGAAGAUAAUGACACUCCCACAAUCUCAGGCCUGGUACCCAUCCUCUUUCCACUGUGAAUAGGGCCAGAAGGUAGGUCUGUGCCCUGGACUUGGGGAGAGGAUAUCAGAUGGGGUAUGUCUUUCCAUCCCCCAGGUCCAGGGGAGAAUCACUUAUUCAACCCUAUCCCAUUAGGUCCCAAAUGGAGCCCCCGUUUCCCCUGUAUCAGGACUCUCAGCAUUCCCUGCUGCCCCCACAUCUUGCCUCUGGGUCUCAGAGAGGGGUUUCUGUGGGUACUCCCCCUCUCCCAGCAAAUAAAUAAUGACAGACACUGCACUGCACUACUCCAAUGUCUUCCAUGGAGCCUCAGGUGCUCCCUCUCACUUGGUAGCACCCCCAGCUGCUGGUGAUCUCACUCCUUGGACAUUUUUCCAAUAAAGGUUCUUGGACAAAAUGGA